GGCUGUAGGCUGUAGCUUCGUGGAAAGUUCUGGAUGGCUGGCUGCAUGCUUUUACCCAGCUUCGCAACGCCAAAACACAUACCAUACACUUUUCUUAAUCCACGCGACCAAUCGUACUCAGUACUUGUUGCAAAUAUUCACCUUAUAUCUCAAUACACUACAACUGCGACUGAGCAAUAAUGGCUGACUCUAAGCGCCCACGCGUCUUCUUCGAUAUUGCGAUUGGCGACACAAAGGCCGGUCGUGUUGCCUUUGAGCUUUACAGCGAUAUUGUUCCCAAGACUGCCGAAAACUUCCGCGCGCUAUGUACUGGCGAAAAGGGCCAAGGCGCAUCCGGCAAACCCCUGCACUACAAGAACUCGGGCUUCCACCGGGUUAUCAAGGGUUUCAUGAUCCAGGGUGGUGACUUCACUCAAGGCAAUGGUACUGGUGGUGAGAGCAUCUAUGGCGAGAAGUUCGAGGAUGAGAACUUUGAGAAGAUCCACGACAGGCCGUUCCUUCUGAGCAUGGCGAACGCUGGCCCAGGAACAAACGGUUCGCAAUUCUUCGUCACCACAGUCCCUACACCACAUCUCGACAAGAAGCAUGUCGUAUUCGGUGAGGUCAUCAACGGCAAGAGCAUCGUGCGCCAAAUCGAGAACCUUCAAACAGAGAGCGGCGACAAGCCGGUGCAAGAUGCCACCAUCAUUGACUGUGGCGAGCUCACGGGCGAGGAUUACGACAAGGCGACCGAGAAGGUCUCCGACGCAACUGGUGAUCCAUACGAAGACUUCCCAGAGGACCAAAAGUCUGCCGAUGAGGAGUGGAAAGGCACCGAGAUUCUUGAGAUUGCGACAAAGCUGAAGGACAUGGGCAAUGAUGCCUUCAAGAAAGGCGAUCUCGAGCUUGGUAUCAAGAAGUACCAAAAAGGCAUCCGCUACCUGCACGAAUACCCUGCACCACUGGAUGAUGAUCCCAAGGAUCUCUGGCCUCAGCUCUGCGCUCUAAAGAUCUCGCUCUAUUCCAACAGCGCCUUACUUCAGAACAAGACACAUCAGUACGGCGAGGCGAUAGAGAGCGCGACAAAGGCGCUGGAUAUUGAGGGAAUCACAGACAAGGACAAGGCCAAGGCCUACUUCAGGCGUGCCCAAGCAAAGGUUGCUAGGAAGAACGAGGAUGAGGCGCUGGCUGACCUGAAGGAAGCAGCAAAGUAUGCGCCAGGUGAUGCGGCGAUUGUGAAGGAGCAAGAUCUGAUCAAGAAGAAGGUUCAGGCGAGGAAGGAGAAGGAGAAGAAGGUCUACAAGAACGCUUUCAACUUUGACUAAGUGCUUGAAAUGCAAGGUUGAAGGCGAUGUUAAUAGUCUUUGGAAUCGUCAGAACUGGUGCAGAAGGACCGACUGGUGGAGUAUCACGAGCAAAUUUAGAUGAAUCAUCAUUCUGUGAUGAGUGUAAUCAAUCACACGAGAAACAAGAUAAUUAAGACUCUUAUCUUAUUCCACUAUGUUCUGCUUUUAGCAUAGUAGAGGCAGGCGUAUGUAGAUAUAUUAAGAAUAGUACUACAUAACUAGUAGUUAUACAAAAAAUAGAGGCGUGUUUCUCCGACCAG